AAUCCAAAACAAGGAAGCAUCAAAGCCGUGACUCACUGAGUCGACACUCCCGACUCGCGAGCUCUCACAAGCUCGUCGUAACCCCACUUCACCACCCUAUAAUCUCAAUAAACUCACCCACAAAACCCUCUCUGUCAUCGGUAUUUGCAGCGAUUAAUCAUCCCAAGGAGUAAUGGAGAGCAUAUUAGAUACCAUUGAGGAAGAGGUGAGUUUUGGAAAUAGUGAUGAUGCGGAGAUGAUGGAUAUUGAAGAAGGAGAAGUUGUGGAUGGGCAUGUUUUAGGGAAAACUAAUGACAGAAAUGACAAGGAAGUGAAGAUGGAUUCGCAAGGCGGAAAUAUUCAACCGGCAAAGAAGACGAGAAGGAAGAAGAAGAAUAAGAAGAGAAAGAAAGGCCCACCCGCAUCAGAUGGAGAAAACAUUGACAGCUUUGUUUUGGAUGUGUGUAAGCGGUUUAGAGAGAGAAAGUCAUAUUUGGUGUAUGCUGCUGUUGGUGUUCUGGGAGUAUUCGCUAUUAAGGAACUUCUUAAAGAGGUAGUAGCUGUUCAAGCUUGUGGAGGUCAGAAGACUGCUCUAGGUGAUCGACAUAGAACAGGGGGAGGCAUACUGUGGAAUAUACUAAAGGCAAGAGACCCCAAUGCCUAUAAGGAGAUAAUGAAGAAAGGAACGGAAUUUGAGAUAAGUAGCCGGAACUUGGAUAGAGUGAGGAAAUUAAAGAGUGCAAUGACGAGGUUGACUGCUCGUGUUCAGAAGGUGAGGGACGAGCUUGAACAGCUUUUGGAUGAUGAUGAUGACAUGGCCGACCUUUACCUGUCCAGAAAGCUGGCUGUUCCUGCUUCACCUGUUAGUGGAUCAGGAGCCGCUUGGUUUCCCAGUUCCCCUACUGUUAUCUCUAAGAUAUCGAGAGCAAGCAGAGCAAGAGUGGUCACAGGUCGUGGCGAUGAUAAUGAUGUUGAGGAACUCGAGAUGUUGCUAGAGGCUUACUUCAUGCAAAUUGACGGGACAUUAAAUAAACUAACAACGCUUCGUGAAUACAUUGAUGACACUGAGGAUUACAUUAACAUCCAGCUUGACAAUCAUCGAAAUCAGUUGAUUCAGUUGGAGCUUUUCCUGAGUUCUGGGACUGUUUGCUUAUCGAUAUACUCCUUGGUUACUGCAAUAUUUGGCAUUUAUACUUGGAUGGAACAUCACGGUUACAUCUUUAAAUGGGUAAUUAUAAUUUCUGCAGGUACUUUUUUUGGUUAUAAUCGCAUAUGCUCGUUAUAAAGGGCUUGUGGGAUCAUGAGCAUCAGUAAAUCAAUCAUCUUUUUCAUGGAAAAACAAGAACAAUCGCUACUCUGGCUUAACCACAUACACACCAGCAUACUUACUCAAAAUCGUAUUGGAUCCAGCAUACUGAUAGGGGGUCAUGUUCAAUACUGAUAUUGAAAUAUAGAAACACAACGCUAUUCUUGGUAACCAUUGGCAACUGAAGACUUUAAGGUAGGAGAAACUGGAGAUUCUCCAAAGAAUACAUCAAAAAGGGCCUUUGUGACAUUCAUCGACUCAAUUGUAUUUGUGGCAUCGAAUUUUGUACUAUCUUUAGAUAACCCGUUUAAUUGAUUUCAUUACAUUGAUAAAUUGGAACAACGACAGAUCCUUUUCAACUUCGGGUUUUGACUUUC